UAUGCAACCUAGUUUGGGAUCUUUCGCCUAUAUAAACAGCAACAACAAGGUGUGGAUCAGCUUGGAAUAUUCUUGGGCGCCAAGAUCGAGCACAAUACAAUGGCCUCUUCUUCUUCUGCGCCUCCACCAGAGCCAGCACCGGUGCCUGUACCGGAGCCUGCACCGGCGCUUCCAGUGGAGGCUGCACCGGCGCCUGCAGCUCGACCUGCACCGGUGCCUGAACGGGAACCAGCAGGGUUGCCUGUACCGGCACCUGCAGCUCCGCCUGCACCGAAAUGGGUCAUGCCGUCCGUCGCGAACCUUGCGCAGCUCCUGCCGACGGGCACGGUGCUGGCAUACGAGGCGCUGUCCCCGACCUUCACCAACCACGGCAAUUGCAACAUCGCCAACAAGGUGCUCACCGGGGUGAUGAUAUUGGUCCUCGCCAUCAUAUGCAUAUUCUUCUCCUUCACGGACAGCAUCGUCGGCGACCGCGACGGAAAGCUCUACUACGGCGUCGCGACUUGGAACGGCUUCGACGUGUUCAACUUCUCCAGUCAGCAAGAGAGGCAGUUAUGGACCGAUGACGAUUUCAAGGAGCUCCGCCUCCGGUGGCUGGACAUCGUCCAGGCCAUCUUCACGGCGGUGGUCUUCCUCACGGUGGCGUUUAGCGACGUGGGGCUGCAGAAUUGCUUCUUCCCAAAACCCGGCGAAAAUACUCAGCAGGUGCUCAAGAUCCUGCCGCUGGGCAUGGCGAUUGUGUCCAGCUUUAUCUUCAGCAUCUUCCCCACCAAAAGAAAGGGCAUCGGCUUCAACGACAUCAGGCCUCAACGGACCGUCGAUCAAUUAAAUCAUUCAAAUGCAGUUUAACUCCGAGAAUUUUUGAAGAACAAAGGACCAGCAAAAACCCAAAUGCAAAGCAAUGCACCGUGACUCCUCCGCUCUGAGAAGCAUAAAAAAAAGGAACAAUAGUUGGUUCUAGCCGUAAAUAAGAAGUUUGCCUGCAAUGCUGGAUGGCUUUGCCCUCGCUGUAAUAUUAUUUCACUUUAUAUUUUUCAUAUUUGAACUGUAUAUA